GGCGUGGUUACUCAGAAUGCGGGUGCAGGGGAAAAUGCCGCCUCCCUUUGUGGUUUGGGUUGAGAUACAAGAUGGCUCCGGUGUUGGAGAAGAAGCUGCUGGGUGCAGCCGGGACAGAAGGCCACAGCAUGGAGACCAACGCCGAGGAGGAUGAAGGACAGAACCUGUGGUCCUCGAUCCUCAGCGAGGUGUCGACGCGUUCCAGUACAAAACUUCCGUCCGGGAGGAACAUCCUGCUCUUCGGUGAUGAUGGAUCGGGGAAAACGACGCUGAUGACGAAGCUCCAAGGGGCAGAGCACAAUAAGAAGGGCAGAGGACUGGAGUACCUGUACCUGAAUGUCCACGAUGAAGACAGAGAUGACGUGACGCGCUGUAACGUGUGGAUUCUGGACGGAGACGUUUAUCAUAAAGGCCUGCUGAAAUUCGCUGUGCCCUCCGAGUCUCUGAAGGACAGCGUGGCCGUGUUUGUGGUGGACAUGUCCAGACCCUGGUCCAUCAUGGAGUCUCUGCAGAAGUGGACGAGUGUGCUGAGAGAACACGUGGACAAGCUGAAGAUUCCCCCCGAGGACAUGAGGGACAUGGAGCAGAGGAUGGUGAGGGCGUUUCAGGAGUACAUGGAGCCCGAGGAGGCGACUCCGUCCUCCCCUCAGAGACGAAGUGCCCCUGCAGGAGGAGACGAUGAGUCUGUGGUGCUGCCGCUGGGAGAAAACGUCCUCACACACAACCUGGGGAUCCCCGUGCUGAUCGUCUGCACUAAGUGUGAUGCUGUCACUGUGUUGGAGAAAGAUCACGACUACAAAGAGGAGCAUUUUGACUUUAUUCAGUCGCACCUCAGGAGGUUCUGCCUGCAGUAUGGAGCUGCUCUGAUCUACACUUCAGUAAAAGAGGAGAAGAACCUGGACCUUCUGUACAAGUACAUGGUGCACAAACUGUACGACUUCCAGUUCACCACGCCAGCCUUAGUGGUGGAGAAAGACGCGGUGUUCAUUCCGUCCGGGUGGGACAACGAGAAAAAGAUCUCCAUCUUACACGAAAACUUCACCACCGUCCGGCCUGAAGAUCCCUUCGAGGAUUUCAUCAUCAAGCCGCCAGUACGCAAGUUAGUGCACGAUAAAGAGAUAAACGCUGAAGAUGAGCAGGUCUUCCUCAUGAAGCAGCAGUCUUUGUUAGCCAAGCAGCCGGCCACUCCAUCACGAGCCGCAGAAUCUCCUGCACGGACGGCAUCUGGUUCUCCUCGGCCCACCGUACGCACCGGACCCACCAACGUAGCGAGUGUGUCUCCCAUGACAACCGUAAAGAAACCCGACCCCAACAUGAAAGGUGCUGCUGCAAAUGAGGGUGUUUUGGCGAACUUCUUCAACAGUCUGUUGAGUAAAAAGACCGGAGCUCCUGGAAGUCCAGGUACAGCAGGAACAGCAGUGCAGGGAUCAGCCAAGAAAACAGGGCAGAAGCCGGCUCUGAGUGACGUGCAAGCUGAACUGGACCGCAUGACGCACAAAUCUGACUCCACUGUCGCGGCCAAUCACAGCACAGCGCCAGAGAACGAGGCGUAAACACACCACAGAGACGCACAUGCGUGCGCACACACACGCACACACGCACACACACACACACACACACACACGCACACAUAUACACAUACACAAAUAUACUCUCUCUCUCUGGAAAACCUGAACUUAAAACGUAUUAUGAAUAUAAUGACCAAAUUCCUACACUGAGCGUGUGUGUGUGUGUGUGUGUAAGAGUAUGUUUGUAAAAUUGGAGGUGAUUAGAUUUAAUACCAAUUCCAAUCUUUUAUUGUUAAUUUUUUGGUGAGGUUUAAAUAACGCACGUCCAUUCUGUGUGUGUGUGUGUGUGUGUGUGUGUGUGUGUGUGUGUGUGUGUUGAACUCCACACACUCAUGUUCCUGCAAACAUGCUGCUGUUUCUCGUUCUGCUUUACCUGAUGAUGGAAACAGGAAAGAAACAAAAGAAGAAAAAGGUGGAGUGUGUAGAGAGAGAGAGAGAGAGAGAGAGGGGGGGGGG